CGAGAAUUGUACUUGGGGGACGGACGGCAACUGCAAACUGCAACUUUUGGGUGUUGUUGGCAACACGCCCCCCUCCACCAACUUUUUCCCUCUUUCUCCAUUGUUUGGUUUGUUUUGGGUAUUCUUCACUUGACUCUUUUCUUUUCCUUCUUGUCGGGAUAUCGGUGUCAUCGCCAAACCUACCUACAGCGGAUACUGUCUACCUAAUUAGGCAUUUUUAUCUGAUGCCCUAGUCUUUUUCACUCCAAGACACUGUCACCGCCCCCUGUUCCUGUAUUUGGGUUUGUUUGCUUUGAUUUACCGUGCCGUCCACAGCUGCAUCUCUGGCUUUUCAAAGUGCAUCUGAGGCGUCCAGUCUGAUUGCUUCUUUCUGUUGUCUUGCGCACUGUGGGUGGGAAAAAGCACAGUCUUCCGUCUGUGUGAUCACAGCCUGAUUGACGGUUCAGGCUCUCAGGACUUGGCUCCAGCUUCUUAGUCUCUUUCUUGGUUCUGCCUCUGUUCAACUGUCCAUUAUAUAAAGGCUCUCCCGAGCCCUUCCUUCAAGAUGUCUUCAAGAUAUUCACUACGCCAAACUCCCAGGUUUGUUUGCAUCUCUAUUCCUCAAUCCCAAAUUUUCCAUCAUGUACUAACUUUGCGCCUCCAGGAAGAAGGAACUCUUCGAGGGCAUGGUUGAGACCCCUAUUCGUCGCUCACGUUCAAAUCGCCGCCAGACUUCCCAACCUCUCUCAGACGUCGAAACCGAGUCAAACUCUGCCGCUGAGGCUAUCUCGCGACCUACUCGCCGACGCACCGCUAGGUUCACCGAAGAGCUCGACGAGGACACAGAUUCCGACAACAUGGGAGCUGUCAACAGAGCCUCCAAUGGCAAGACCAACGGCCAUGCCAAUGGCCAUUCAAACGGUGGUGUCACCAAUGGACACGCCACCAACGGUCAUGCUACAUCCAACGAUGUUUCUGGCGCUGCACCGAUCAAUUCAGUCAUGGAGAAGACCGAGGGCGUGCCUCAAGACCCCAAUGUGGUUGAUGGCUGGAGGCCUGGCCAGGAUCCCAAGAUUGACUACUCUGGAGAGUUCGAGUUUGGUGGUUCUUUGGGCACCGCUGCCAUGAUGAUACUCUUCCCUAUACUCAUGUGGUAUAUGUGGAUUGGCGCCACUUACUACCAUGGCAAGUUUCCCUCCCGUGCCGAGGGUCAGUCCUGGGGUGAGUUUGCCGCUCACCUCGUCAAUCUGGUCUACACUGGUGCAUUCCCCCGCCUCCAGGUCUGGGCCUGGUACUGGUCUUAUCUCAUUGUUGAGGGUGCCUUUUACUGCCUCCUCCCCGGUGUCUGGGGCUAUGGCAAGCCUCUUCCUCAUGAGGGCGGCAAGCAGCUUCCCUACUACUGCAGCGCCUACUGGAGUCUCUACACCACUCUUGCUUGCCUUGCCUUUCUGCAUUUCUCUGGUAUCUGGCCUCUGUACACUGCCAUUGAUGAGUUCGGUCCUCUUCUGUCUGUUGCUAUCCUCAGUGGCUUCCUUGUCAGCUUUGUGGCCUAUUUCUCUGCUCUUUGGCGUGGCAAGCAGCACCGUAUGACGGGCUACCCCAUCUAUGAUUUUUUCAUGGGCGCCGAGUUGAACCCCCGCUUGUUUGGCAUUCUCGACUUCAAGAUGUUCUUCGAGGUUCGCAUGCCUUGGUACAUCCUGCUCAUCCUCAGUCUUGGCGCCGCCGCUCGUCAAUAUGAGCAGUACGGCUACGUCUCUGGUGAGGUUUGGUUUCUCGUCAUGGCUCACUUCCUCUACGCCAACGCCUGUGCCAAGGGAGAGGAGCUCAUCAUCACCACCUGGGAUAUGUACUAUGAGAAGUGGGGUUUCAUGCUCAUCUUCUGGAACCUCGCUGGUGUUCCUCUCUCUUACUGCCACUGCACUAUCUAUCUAGCUAACCACCACCCUGAUGUGUACCGCUGGAACCGCGGCAUUCUCGCCGCCAUGUUCGCUGGAUACCUCUUCUGGUACUGGGUCUGGGAUAGCUGCAACAGCCAGAAGAAUCGCUUCCGCGCUAUGGAGAAGGGCAAGUUGGUCCUACGCAAAACCUUCCCUCAGGUCCCCUGGCAGACCAUCCACAACCCCAAGACUAUUGUUACCCCUCAGGGAACUAUCCUGGUUGACGGUUGGUAUGGUCUUGCCCGCAAGAUUCACUACACUGCCGAUGUGUGGUUCGCUGUUUCUUGGGGUCUGAUUACAGGCUUCGAGAGCCCUUUCCCCUGGUUCUAUCCACUCUUCUUCUGCGGUAUGAUCGCUCACCGUGCUGCUCGAGAUAUCACCCGUUGCCGUCGCAAGUACGGCGACGCUUGGCUCGAGUAUGAGCGACGUGUACCUUACCUCUUCAUUCCUUACGUCAUCUAAGGAGUCGACGAGGCCAAUCGGGAGCAACUCAGACUCGUUCCGCCCCCGAGGGACACUUAGUGCCUAUUUAUUAUUCUCAGUCAGUGGCUCUUGAUGCCACUAGGUGUUUUGGUCAGUGGAAAGCUGUACAUGGAAACAAAAACCGUUAUCAUGUCUGGGAGACAAAAAGGGAAACCCACAAACGAAGAGAUGAAGAGACGUAAUACGAAGGGGGUAUAUAAGGAAGCUGUAGACAUCAGCCUCUAUUGGUUUUUAUAAGGUGUCGACUUGCUUUGGGAGGUUUCUAGAUCUUGUAAUCUUUGGCUCGCAUUUGCAUACUUGUUAUGAGGCGAGGAUACUAUAAUAAACUGCUGUAUUGAUACACCCGCAUUGAGCAUUACACCUUCGGAACAGACGUCGUGGGCACUUGCAACGGCUUGG